GUGGUGCUGCUGCUGCUUCCCCGCUCACGCAGCCAAAGCUCUUCUACCCCUCCCCUCGUCAACUCCCCCGUAGCAAUAUUUCAUUUUCUUCAAUCUCUCUUCAUCUAUCCAGCCCAUUGCAACUGGCCCCAGAGAAAUCAAUAGACUCUCUGUUUGACCAUCUCGUGUCUCGCAGGAGGUUCACGGAAUGUCGGAAAACACGGGACAGGGCGGAGCCACCAACCCUACCCUGCCCAGGGACGGAAUGCGGGGAAGAACGGACGCGGUGCAGAUGAUAGUACCCGGCGACCCAAUGGCUGACUGCACCAUGCGCAUAUAUCUGGGGAGCCCCACAGUGCCGGGUCUCAUACGCGACAUGACUGGAGCCGAGUUGGGGGUGACGGAUGGGGUGCAACACGUCGUACUGCCAAACGGCAGUCACUUGGUGCCCGGCCCAUCUUUACACAUCGGCGGUUUUACUGAGGAGGGCAUUGACCGGGCUUUGCCUCCAGGCACCGAGAUGGCUGCCGCCCUCAGAACAGGCAAUACGUACAGGAAAGAAAAGGCAGGGGAGUGGGUUCCGCGUUCAUGCGUGUCAUUCCUGGUCCCUGCUGAUCCGGGUGCCGGUGUCGUGCUUGAGCUGACCAUCGGUCGCGAGUUGGGUAACAAGAUCCGCGACAAAUUGUAUAUGUAAUGAUGUGGUCUUCUCCUAGGUCAGCUAAACCUGCCUACUCUACAA